AUCUUCAUCAUCUUCAUCAUCAUCAGCAAGUUCUACUAUUUCCUAGUCUUCUUUCUCUACUUUCCUAAGUGUCAUUUCCUUGUCACUCUCACUCAAACUACAACCACUCCCAACACCACCGCCAAAAUGCACUUCACAUCCAACCUCUUCACCACCGCCCUCUUUGCCGGCGCCGCCCUGGCCGCCCCGGCCCCUUCCUACCACCACGUCGACGCCCAGACCGGCAUCACCGUCGAGCUCACCAACACUGCCGGUCACGUCACGACGCUCGCUGGCUUCUCCGCCACCGGCGCUGUGACCAGACAAGCCGAAGCCCACGCCGGCGAGAUCGCCAAAAUCCGCGUGGUCUUUAGCGACGCCGCGAAGAAGUCGUACCCGUUCCUCGAGCCCAGCUUCCGCUGCGCCGCCCGCCGCGCCCCCAACAACCAGCGCAUCAUUGUGACCCGCGGCUCCAGCAUCGACUUCAACUUUGGCGACGGCGGCAACCCGAAUGUCUGGAGCUUCAAGAACAACGAGGCAAUCCACGCCUCGGACCUGAGCAUCACUUGCGACCCGACCUUCAGCAAGAUUGACCCCGCCCGCGUCAACGACAUCCGCGUGCAGCUCUCCGAUGACGCGCGGGAGCUUGCCGUCCAGCUCGACUUCUCCGCCUCCAAGGGUGCCUGGGACCUGACCAUCCCCACGGGCGGCAACUUUGUCCAGGCGGAGCUCUUUGUCGGCCCUGGAAUCGACAACCAGGCCCUCAGGUGCCAGGCCGUGGGCCACGGCCAGGUCGUCAAGUUCAACCGCGGCGCCAACCUGAACAAGGAGACUAUCGGCGAUGGCGGCAACGGCGAGUGGACUGUCUCCAGCGGUGUCGCCACGGCGAUCGACAAGGUCACUUGCAGCCCGCGCUUUGUCUAAGCACUGUUACUGUUGACUAAGACGGUGCUUCUCGGCAUAUCAUGAUAAAGAAAGAUGGCACUAACGGGGUCAUGGGAUGACGAUUUGCAUGUUUGGGGCGUCCUGGGUACUUGCAUUUGCUUUUUGGAUACGGUGCAUCAUGGGUGGGUUAGCGCAUUGCUUCGGUCAUUUUUUGUUUAAUCCUAUAAUAAAAGCCAACUAUUGUCCUUCCUUACAAAA